AUGAUCGAUCUCGAUCAAUCCGAAGGAGAAGUCAUUGGGAAGGGUUACCUACAGGAAGAUCACGAGCGAGCCAUCCAAGGCGAACAACAUUUCCAUCGUCUUGGUUGGAAACGCCUUACAAUAGUGCUAAUUGUUCAAUCAAUUGCACUAGGCAGCUUGAGUCUUCCAGCGGCAUUCGCAACAAUGGGAAUGGUUGCCGGUGUCAUACUGACCGUGGGAUUGGGAGUCAUCACAAUUUACGCUAGCUACAUCGUCGGUCUGGUGAAGCUCAAGUAUCCACAUCUCCCACAUUACGUUGACUUUGGUCGCCUUCUCAUGGGAGGCAUUGGGGACAAAAUCUUUGCGGUCGCAUUUGUGGCCCUCAUGACCCUGACAGUAGGAUCCCAUUGUCUGACGGGGAAACUUGCCCUGGCGACCAUCACCGAGAGUAGUGUAUGCGCUCUCGUAUUCAGCAUUGUAUCCGCCAUCAUUCUUUUCGCCUUGGCCGUACCUCCGUCCUUCGCCGAGAUCUCCAUCUUAGGGUACAUCGACUUUGCCUCCAUCAUAGUGGCAAUUGGGAUCGUCAUGAUCGCAACUGGGAUUCAAAGCCACGAUGUCUCAACAACGUGGUCCGCAUGGCCCAAAGAAAAUCUAACAUUCAGCGAGGCUUUCGUCGCUAUCUCGAAUAUCGCAUUCGCUUAUGCUUUCUCCUCGGCCCAGCCAUCCUUCAUGGAUGAAAUGCACACCCCGAAAGACUUUACCAAGUCUAUCACUGCUCUAGCCCUAACGCAAAUGACGAUAUACACUAUCACGGGAGCACUCGUCUACGCGUUCGUGGGUCAGGAUGUCCAGUCCCCAGCACUGCUGUCCGCUAGUCCUCUUAUUGCUAAGGUUGCCUUUGGUGUGGCAUUGCCUGUUAUUUUUAUCUCGGGCUCGAUCAACGCCACUGUCGCCUCUCGCUUCAUUCAUGGCCGGAUAUAUCAAGACUCCACUGUUCGUUAUAUCAAUACGGCUAAGGGAUGGAUGACCUGGCUAGGAGUCGUGGCAUUUAUUAUUGUUCUCGCGUGGAUUGUGGCCGAGGCCAUUCCCUUCUUUUCUGAGUUACUCUCUAUCUGUGGUUGUUUGCUUGUCUCUGGAUUCUCUUUUUAUCUGCCUCCUGUGAUGUGGUUCUUUCUUAUCAAAGAAGGAUCCUGGCUAGAGAAGCGGAAUAUUCGUCUUGCAAUCUUGAAUCUGAUUGUGUUUGUUGUGGGAGUUACUGUGCUUGGUUGUGGGAUGUAUGCAAGUGUGACUGAGGUGAUUUCCAAGUUUCGGACGGGAUCUAUUAAUCGUCCGUUUUCAUGCAAUGCUGGUUGA